CAACUCUUUGCCUGCCUUUACCCGGAUGGCAACCCUUUGACAUUCCCAACCAAAGUUCCAUUAAACAUCUUGCCAUUUUUUGACUGUGCUAGUGCAAGGCAAAUCGCAAUGUAUGCGCUACGACACCUGCGACUCCAGAGCACUAGGCACUUCCGCAGCUCUUAUGCAGCGGCGGCAACAACAAAACACAUGCUGCCCCGGCAACCAGCGCGUGUUCUGAUUGGAGAUUGGAGCACUUGGGAUAAGUCCCGGCUGCAGGAUGUAUACUCCAGGAGUUCGAGUACCGCCACUGAGCCUGUGAAGCCGCAAACACCGCUGCAGGAACUCGUGUCGGCCGCCAAACCCUAUGCCCAACUAAUGCGAAUCGACCGGCCUAUUGGCACCUACCUCCUCUUCUGGCCCUGCGCCUGGAGCAUAGCGCUCAGCGCCGAUGCGGGCUGCUGGCCGGACCUCACCAUGCUGGGCCUGUUCGGUACCGGGGCACUGAUAAUGCGCGGCGCCGGUUGCACCAUCAACGAUCUCUGGGACAAGGACAUCGAUGCCAAGGUGGAGCGCACGAGAUUGCGGCCCUUGGCCUCGGGGCAGAUCAGUCAGUUCGACGCCAUAGUAUUCCUCUCAGCGCAGCUCAGUCUGGGUCUUUUGGUGCUAGUCCAGCUCAACUGGCAAUCCAUAUUGUUGGGCGCCAGUUCGCUGGGCCUCGUGAUCACAUAUCCGCUGAUGAAAAGAGUCACCUACUGGCCCCAGCUGGUUCUGGGCAUGGCCUUCAACUGGGGCGCCCUACUGGGCUGGUGUGCCACCCAGGGCAGUGUCAACCUGGCCGCCUGCCUGCCACUCUACCUCUCCGGCGUCUGCUGGACCAUUGUCUACGACACGAUAUACGCCCACCAGGACAAGCUGGAUGACCUGCAGAUCGGUGUGAAGUCCACGGCACUCAGAUUUGGCGAGAACACCAAGGUCUGGCUGUCGGGAUUCACGGCAGCCAUGCUGACGGGUCUUUCCGCCGCCGGCUGGGCUUGCGAUCAAACUUUGCCGUACUACGCGGCUGUUGGAGUUGUGGGUGCCCAUCUGGUGCAGCAGAUCUAUUCCCUCAACAUUGACAACCCCAGCGACUGCGCCAAAAAGUUCAUAUCGAACCAUCAAGUAGGACUCAUUCUCUUCCUCGGCAUUGUUCUGGGCACCCUUCUGAGAUCAGACGAAAGCAAGAAACAGCGACAAUCCUCACUGACAACAUCGACGGCCAGCUCGUACGUUCCAGCGCUGCCGCAAAAGCCAGAAGUCAUAAGCUGAGAUGAGCCAGACGAGCGGAGAUUGUAGUGUUAAUUUAUGUUUAUAGCGCGCUUUUUGAUUCGCCAAAACCAAAGUCUAUAGGUAUCUGAUUAGAUAAAAUCUUGUAAAUAGGCUUAUGACAAUUUUUAGCUCAUUUGCAAUAGGUUAAGUCUUAAAGAAUAUUGCUAAGUGCACACCUCACUUGAACUUCAAUUAAUUCUUAAUUGUAAGUGCCCGCCUUGACGUAAGAACUUACGUAAAUCACCCAUCCCCUGAGCUCCCCUAACCCAUUUGAGAGGCAAACUGGUUUCUGUAUUAAAUUCUUACGUGUUAUUUAUUAUUAUUAUA